AUGUAUGCCACUGAUGACAAAGGAAGCUGCUAUGUUGGUCGCAGCACAAGCGAAAGGAAAAGCAAAAAAAGACAAAAUGUUACAAUAUACUGGUUGAAUAAGUGCAAAUUGCAGAGAGAUACUGAUGCAUACACAAACAUAGGAUAUCUUGAUGUUAAAAUAAAACUCUUCUGGAACAAAUAUAAAGAAAUAAAUUCAAGAUUAUCGGAACUGAAUGAGACAAAAAGGAUUUUAGAACAGAAAAGCAGAGAAGCUUAUUUAGAGGCCAUUGUUCAGAAUUUCAAAAUUCCUCCAGAAAGAAGAAGAUUGCAAAGUGCUCUGUACUGCAGAUUACACCCAGAUAAGGAUCUUGCACUUGACAUAAAUGACCUUGAAGAAGCUCUCCAAGACGUUAAUAAGUGCCUGGUUUCUCCAAAAGAGUUUUCUUACAUUUUCCAUAUUCUUGAACUUCCAGGCCAAUACAGGCUGAACCUUGAACUCUUCUGCGUAGUAGCAGCCCUGUCUGAGAAAAUCACACAGCUUGACCCAGUGAUUAAGAGACUGCUCAACAAACUUGAUUUCGAAGCCCUAAGUAUUCGCAUUGAGAAAGCAAAGCAGCUCUGGCAUCUCCUCCAGGAAAACGAAGAAGAAAAGGAAAAACAAACAAACAGAAGGUCUCAAGGAUCGGUACGCAUUCGCAGGCUGGCAGUUGAGUUGGCAGCAGGUGGAUAUUCAUGGGAGUCUAUUAAUUUUGCUUUGCAAAAAUUCAACCGCACAGAAGCUGGUGUCCUGUCUUUCUUGGAUUUUGUUACCUACAUUCCCCUGUUUGUAGAAAUUCAUGAGGGUAUUGUUCAAAAUCCACUUUCAUUCAUCCCAAGCUUCAUUCCUGAUCUGAGCGAUGAGCUUUGCAUAGAUGUAAACUAGAGCACAGAACAAAUAUCAUCAGGUGUAUGCCACAAUUUAAGAGACAGAAACAGAAAUAGAAAUCUCCAAUAUAGUUUGGAUGUUGUGAAGAACUUGGUUAAAAUUGCUGUGUGUUGCUUUUUAAACUUGAAACCGUAUUGUAGUCGUAGUAGUAGUCUGUGUUUAUAUGCUGAUCAUAAAGGAUUCUCAUGCUGGCAAUUGGCACUUUGGGUGAAUGUUGGUUAUUAAAUUACUCUGUUUUAGAUUACUCUAAGCUUUUUAUUUCACGAGGCAUUUGGCCUGAGCUGUUCAUGUUUUGUUCAACCUGUGCUGUUGUAUGGAAGGACAUGAUUAUUAAAGAACUGCUAUUGCUUCUGUUGUU